GGUGCCGCCAUGUCUCCUGCAGAUAAACGGCGGCUAGCUUUUAUCUCUCUUCUCGCUAUUGUCCUGCUUUUUCUCGUGUUAACGUGCAUACCAGCAUAUCUGUACAUACUUUUCUUUUUUGUCGUAACUUGUGUCGUUUGUUAUUAUAAAGCAGAGGAGUUUCAGCUUUUCGAGAGGUUGGGCCUGAAUCCCCGCUGUGGGCUGACAGUUCCUACCGCUCUGCGGCGCUGGUUGCCGGACAGGACUUUCACAGGCGUCCCGGCGGCCGCGCGGAACAAGACUCGAAGUAAUAAAAGCGAUGUUAGAAAUUCUUUAGCGUCUCCCAUCGACAGAAGUUUUGCCGGCUCCGUUUACAGGCGAGACGCAACGUUCAGCGACUCAGUGUUCAGUCCUCGGAACAUCCUCAUGGGGAGUUAUCUCAGUAAGGCAGAAAGUCCCUCUGGCACAGGGCGGCCCGCUGGAUCUUCGGGCUCUGGCGGGAACCCCAGAGAACAGCUCCGGGAGAGACUUAUCCGACCAAAUCACGGAGUCCCUACUCCAAACAGAAGAUUGUCGUUUGGUGAACCAGUGGGAGCUGCAGGGAGGUUCACCAUCACCCCUCAAAGACAUUAUCCGCUGCAGCAGUUAGGAUCCUCUCCAGUGGGUGUCUUUCCCCCAGCUCAGUGGGACAGCUUCCGCAAGAAGAACAUUCUCACCCAGCGCAAUACACCCGUACACAGUCCAGUUACAGUGAAGAUCGCAAGACCGGACAACACAAUACGCUCACCAUUUUUUGAUCAGCUGAAUCCCAGUGAAACACUUCCAUCCCCGGGGUGUAAAGCCCGAGCCGACCCCUGUUCUCGAGAAACUGUACUGAGCGUGCUCAGAGCAAAUCGUAAGCGUGAUGUUGAUGAGGAUGAUGAUGAGAGAGCGCACGAAGCAGGACAAAAGACCAAAAGGAGGCGGAAUGACAGCAGUGAAAGUUCCCAGUCAGUUUUUGAGCCACUGCUGGCUAAUGGUGCUCCAGCCCAGCUCAUACCAAAACCUGGAAGUUUGAAAAGAGGCAUGAAUGUCUCCACGUUGGAGGAGUCCACAGUAAAGAGAUCUCGAACCUCUUCCAUUAGCUCAGUUAGUGGAUGUCCUGUUUCCUGUGGCGUGCCUGGAUCAGCUCGUAACCCUAUUCGUAGCUCUUACAGUUCCUCACAGGGUUACUCACAGAGGAGAUUGGCAUCUAAUCUCAGUUCAUCUCCUUUUGUAAGCCCGGGAUCAUCGCAAUCUCAGACUCCUGAGAGGGCGGCUAAAAAGCCCAGGGAAGAUGAUGAAACUUUAGGAAAUUCUGAUUCAGCCAGUAACACCAAGAUGGCUACUGAGACUGCCCCUGGCUCUGGUAAAUGCACUCCUUUGCCUGAUCCCCCUGUUACACCUCGGUCAGACUCUGGAGGAAGCAGUGGCAAGCGGAAACGUAAAAUCCAGCUGCUGUCCAUGUGCAGAAGUGACCAGAUAUCUUUGCCCCCACCACCUGAACUGGGCUUCCCAAUCACUGUAAAGGACUUGGAUAUGGAGAAAAAAGCUGCUCUUACCCAGAUCCAGAAAGUCCUUGAAGAGCCUGAGCCAGACAAGCCAAGCCAAGCCCCUCAUUCAUCUCCUGCUGGUCCUUCUGUAGGCAUAUUUUCCCAGGUAGCUUCAUUUUCCUCGACUUCAGCUGCCAUUGUAGUGAGUGCUAACUCACUGGCCCCCCUGACCACCCCAGCUGCUGGUCUUCCACCUGCCGCCACUGCAGUUUCUACCCCAGCUUCAGCACCAACCAUUGACCUCACACUUACUCCAUCCAGCACAGUCAGUGUUGCACCAAUUCAGACUGCCGUACUGCCUACACCUGCUACCAGCGCCACUGUAGCAGCUACGCCAGUGGCUAAUCCACUACUGGAGUCUCUGAAGAACAUGAAGAGCAGUUCUCUAAUAAGUGUUCCCCUUCUCAUAGCUGCGACCUCUGCAGCUCCAGCAACAUCUGUGGCGGUCCAGGCUCCCUCUUCUGUUACCUCCACUGCUUUAAGCUUUGGGACUGUAAAAAAUGAGCCCCCUACUGCUACUCCACAGCCCACAGUGUCAACAGCACCUUCCACCAUGCCCUCUGCCUUUGCCCAGACUCUGGCUCUACCAUCGUUAUCCACCGCACUCAACCCUGCAGGAGGCAACCUCUUUAGUUUCACUUCUUCUGCACACACAACCUGUACAGCCUCUGCACAGCCUGCUAGCAGUACAGCCAAUCCAACACAAUCAGGGUUUAAGCCUAUUUUUGCGCCAGCUAUGACAAUGGCAGCGUCUACUGCAGAGGUCAAAACUACACAAAACACUUUCAAGCCCAUUUUUGAAAGUUCAUUUAAUGAGCCGGCUUCUUCAACAUCCUCUGUACCAGCAACUCAGAGUAGCAUGUCUCUGUUUGGUGGAGUCACUAAUACUCAAUCUUCAUCUUCCUCUCUCACCUCGUCAGGACCCAGACAGAAUCCUAGUCAGUCUCUGUUUGGAAGUCAGUCUAACAGCCAUUCAGUGGCUGCUCCUGUGUCCAGCUCCAGUAUCCAGAAUCCUGCUCCAUCAGUGUUUGGUGGACUGACUACCAGCCAAACAAUGGCUGUUUCAGUUUCAUCCUCUGCCUCAAAUACCCAGAAUUCUACUCAGUCUCUGUUUGGUGGACUGGCCAACAGCCAGCCAAUGACUGCUUCAGUUUUGCCAUCCUCCUCAAAUACCCAGAAUCCUGCUCAACCUGUUUUUCGUGGACUGACCAGCAGCCAACCCAUGGCUGCUUCAAUCUCAACAUCCUCCCCUAGUACUCAAAAUUCCACAUCUCUUUUUGGCAGACUGGGUGCUCCAAAGAGCAGCUUUCAAUUUGGAGGUUUGUCAUCUACUCCUGCUUCUUCUGGAAUUAGCACUAGUACUACAUCUACUAGCACCACCAAUACAACUUUACAGUUUGGUUCUUUAAAACCAGCACCAACUGCUCCUUCUGCUGCUCCUCAAAACACAUUCGCCUUUGGCCAAAGCACAGCCACCAACUCUUUCACAGGGUUUGGUAUGGCCACCAAUACUACCCCGAUGACAACAAGCACCCCAGCGACCCAGGCCACGUUCGGUAGCUCAUUAUUUAGCGCCUCCACAGGCUUUGCCAACCCUUCGGCUUCUUCUCCAGUCAAGCCUUUUGCAUUUGGUGCCAGUGCCGGAGGAACUGCAGUCACACCCCUCACCUUUGGCACACCCGCUAGCACAGCUGCACCAACGUUUGGAAAUUCCACACAGUCUGUAUUUGGUGGAGCCUCCACUGGUUUUGGCUUUGGGAAUACAAGUGCUUUGCCAGUGAGUGCUGCCUCUAUGCCAGCCCCUACCUUCACAUUUGGAGCAGCAGCAGCAGCAGCCACACCCCAGAACUCUGCAGCAUCUGGAGGCUUCAAUUUCACUGCAGCGCUUUCUGGAGCACAGUUUGGAACGCCUACACCAGCAGGGCAGAAUCAGGGGUUUUCAUUUGGAGCAGGGAACACGGAUAACAAGCCCAGUUUUGGAACCUCAACCCCUGCAUUUGGCACUCCAAGUGGCCCCAUCCCAUUUGGCAGCCCAGGAACUCCUGUAGGUGGAUUCGGUGCCGCAAAUUUUGGCACUCCUUCAGCCUCUUUUUCAAUUGGUGCUGGAUCAAAGCCCAGUAGUUCAAGACAAAGACUACAGGCCCGCAGGCAGCACACAAGAAAGAAGUAACGCUGACCACAAGGACUUUAUUUGGACACAUGCAACACCCAUUCUGACUAUUCUAGCUGCUGCUGCUAACAGGAAUUUAUCAGGAUUCCAAUAAGACCUAAACAAAGUUGAUUUUUGUUUUAAAGUGUAUUUAGUAUGACACCUUUUUUAGGUCAAGAGAUCUUGGCAUACCAACAUCUUCCUGGUUGGAGUCAGACUGACAGCAUGUCACAAGGACAGACAGAACUACUGGGUAGUUUAAAUGUAUGAUGAGACAAUUACCAUAAAUACCUGAUCAUGUGAAGACCAGGUUAAGAGACGAUGAAUUUGAGUUUGAUUCUGGUGUUUGCUUUUCAGGAUAUUAUGUUGGUUUGGAUUUUUAAAAUAGCUGUCUGUGUGACCUUUUUUUUGUGUGAUCAUUUACAUUGCAUUCAGCAUUCAUAAUCAGUUUUUUAGAUGAAUCCUUUAAUCGUUUUCAUUUUUCUGCUCCUUGAGUGAACUGCUUACAAAGGUUGCCCAAGUCAACAGUCUCCAGAAAAUGUAUUUUAAUUGAAAUAUGUCCCUCAUCCAAAUGCACUGAGCAGCAAAAUAAAGAUGUUUAAUAUUUUUCA